CUGCAAGCCAGUUAAUGACCAAAUAAGGUCUCCAUUCUCAUGACUGAUAUGCUGUGCUUCUCCUGGAGCCAUGGAUGAGUACAGCCGCUUUGUGGAUUGGGACAAAAUGGAUGUUACUGCCCAGAGCCAGGAUGCGAAGGAGCUCACGUGCACGGAGUUCCAGGAGCUCAAGCAGCUGGCCCGGCAGGGCUACUGGGCCAAGAACCACUCUCUGAGAGCCAAAGUGUACCACAAACUGAUCAGCAACAUCCCAUGCCGCACGGUGACCCCGGAUGCGAACGUGUACCGGGACAUUGUUGUGAAGAUUGUCGGAAAACGGAGCAGUAGCUCCCUUCCGCUGCCAGAGUUUGUGGAUAACAGCCUGGUGCCCACGUACUGCUUGAAUGCCGAAGGCAUCGGGGCGGUCAGGAAGAUUAUAUUGUGCAUCGCAAACCAGUUCCCAGACAUAUCGUUUUGCCCGGCGCUGCCUUCUGUGAUAGCUCUGCUCCUCCACUACAGCAAAGACGAGGCGGAGUGCUUUGAGCAGGUUUGUCGCAUCCUGGCUUGCAACGACCCCUCGAAGCGGCUCAUCGAUCAGACCUUCUUGGCUUUUGAGUCCUCCUGCAUGACCUUCGGUGACCUGGUCAACAAGUACUGUCAGGCAGCCCAUAAGCUGAUGGUGGCGGUGUCCGAGGACGUGCUGGAGGUUUAUUCCGACUGGCAACGGUGGCUCUUCGGCGAACUGCCCAUGGCGUACGUCGCGCGGGUCUUUGACGUGUUUCUGGUGGAGGGCUACAAAGUUCUGUACCGCGUUGCGCUGGCUCUCCUGAAGUUUUUUCACAAAGUCCGGCAUGGGCAGCCCAUGGAGUCCGACAGCGUGCAGCAGGACAUCCGAGCUUUCGUGAGAGACAUCGCCAAGUCGGUGUCUCCCGAGAGGCUUCUGGAAAAAGCCUUCGCGAUCCGCCUUUUCUCACGGAAGGAGAUCCAGCUUCUGCAGAUGGCCAACGAGAAGGCUCUGCAGCAGAAAGGCAUCACGGUCAAACAGAAAAGUCUUGCAACUCCCAAAAGGCAGAAUGUGCACUUAGCGGUUCAUGCAGAAAACUUCAAGUCUGAAAUUGUCAGCGUCAAAGAAAUGCGAGAUAUCUGGUCGUGGAUCCCAGAGCGAUUUGCACUUUGCCAGCCCCUCUUGCUUUUCACCACUUUGGAACACGGUUGUAGCCUGAGCAGGUUCUAUUCUCACAGCGAGGGGCACGAACCAACUCUUCUCCUCAUCAAGACCACAGCGAAAGAGGUCUGCGGUGCUUACCUCUCAACCGACUGGAGCGAGCGCCGGCGAGGAGGCAACAAGCUGAGUUUCUUUGGAACUGGGGAGUGCUUUGUAUUUAGGCUGCAGCCAGAAGUGGAACGCUACGAGUGGGUGAUCAUAAAACACCCAGAGCUGGCCACCGCUGGGACGGAGCCGGAAAAUCACACCUCGCCAGCCUCCAGCACCCUCUCAUCCGGUGGUGCCCCCUCAGACCCCUCGGAUCGCCUCUCUCCCUUCUUAGCGGCUCGACACUUCAACUUGCCUUCCAAAACAGCCUCCAUGUUCAUGGCUGGCAGCAGCGAGUGCGUCAUCAUAGGAGGCGGCGAUGGCCAGGCUCUUUACCUCGAUGCAGAUCUGAACCACGGCAGAACCAGCCACUGCAAUACUUUCAAUAAUCAGCCGUUGUGCUCUGAAAGCUUCCAGAUCUCUGUCCUGGAGGUGUGGGGCUUCAGGGACACGAUGAAUGGGUGAUGUGCCCAUCGUUAAUCAAUUAGUUUUUCACUUGCCCUAGGAUUCCCAAGGCAAAUUCUAAUGCAGGAGCCAAGUUAGAACAU